AUGACUAGCCACGAGUCUUCACUCCUUCAGGCCCGUGGUGGCGCUCAUGCCCACGCUCAUUCUGCAUACAAACAUCGACACACACACGGUCAUGGCCAUGACCAUCUGCACCAUCAAUAUCCCCAUGACGCCGUCUCUGGCCCCCGGCCCGGCGACGACAAGCUCGACACCGACCAAAACCUGGAUCUCAAGAAACGGGCCAAUGUGCCCGCCGCAGACGAAAAGUCAACCGAUGGGACAACUCCCACCGCAACGUCCCUCGUUACCGAGGUCAUCCAGACCGUUUCGCUCGUUCAGAUCGUGGACACCCAAGGAUCGCCGCUCUCCACGUUGACUCAGUUCGCUGUACCCAAUACCGUUGUUAUCAACAAGGACACGGGCAAGACCAUAUCUGCUUCGAAUCCGGAUCCUACUCCAGCUCCGGCUGCGCCAGGUUCCGGCCCAGAUCUCAGCAAAGGAGUCUCAUCAUCGCCUGCCACUAGCUCGCAAUCAACGGCUUCUCAUAUCCCGUCAAUAUCUGCUUCCUCUCCGGCGUCCCUCUCGUCACCCGCUCUUUCUUCAUCAUCACCUGCGGCCCCUCCACCGGCAUCUUCGCCAGCGCCUUCACCAGCACCUUCACCAGCGCCUUCGCCGGCCCCUUCAAUGGGAAUAGGUCACCAUAAUGGAACAAUCAUCCAUCAUUCUAGUAGUCAUUCCAGUGCAGCCAAUUCUGGGUUUUAUGCAGAAUCUGUAAAUGCCACCACCACAUCAGCAACGCACUCUUCGGCAACAUCUUUAAAACACUCUUCCACUUCGCUUACAAGAACAACCUCGGGGUCUUUUUCUUUUGAGCCUACGUCCUUUACAGAAGCAGUAGCCUCAACCGUGUCGUCUUUUGAGCCACAAGCCACUGCUGGCGGAUUCGGCGGAUUCGGCGGAGGUGCUACUCCGUCUAUAGUAGAUAGUACGCAACCUUCCUCCUCGGCGUCUUCAAACUCAACUGCGAGCGCACUCUCCCCUCAACAAAAGCAAGUCAUUGGAGGAGUACUUGGAGGCGUUGCCGGCGCCGCUUUCUUCCUUGUUUUGGUCCUGGUAGCUCUGAGGUGGAAGAGGCGUCAAAAUAACGCGGCUCAGGCUGCCAGUCAAGCUGCCUCGGAGUCUCGUGAAUUGCCUCCAACCUCCGGCGCUCCCAGUGGAGCUCCCAAUGGCGGAGGCGGAAGCGACGGCGGAAGCGCCAUGGCAGAAAGAUACGGCGCUGCCGCCCUGACUGCGGCCUUCACUGGCUUGGCACCUAAGAGGAGUUCUGCUUCUGUGAAUUCUUCGGAGACGGGAGAAAGAGGUUUCUACCGCGUGUCUGGCAGAAAGCUGCCUUCAGUAUUGCAGGUAGGGGGUGAUGGGUACUCGGAUCCUCGCUCGAGUUUCAUGAGUGGCACCUCCGACUACUAUCGAGGUUCGCAAGCUUUUGACCCCUUCGGAGGACCAGGAACCCGGUUACAGCUAGGAGCUCCCAUGCGUCCCGAUAGCGGCGUGCCGAUUGUACGAUCCAGCCCGGCUCGCCCUGUGGUUGCAGAAGAGAAUCCUUUCGCGGACCCUCCGACGUCUCCCCCUGGUGAUACUUUGGCACCUCCAUUGACGCGGCCACGCGCCGGCCCACGGAGGGGUUCUAAAUUCCAAGAGGGCAUUUGAUUUAUACCAAGCUGUUAUACAUAUACAUACUUGUACAGGUUCAUACCCCAUACCUAUUCCGUUCUUGUACAGUUUUUUUUCUCUCUCGUUUCACCUUUUCUCUCUAUCUUGAUGUUACUCUGAACAUACUAAGAAGAACAUUUUCUUUUUGUUGCUACUGCGCUUACCGGGCUGCUCUCCCUCUAAAGGAGUGUCGAGUUUGGGUGUUUACUCAAUCGACCCUAUUUCUUUUUCUAUACUGUACAUCUCUUUUCAGAUGGCGUUGAUGUGGGAUAUGUCGGAUUUUUUGGGGCUGUUGAUUUUGAGGAAAAGGAAGGCAAGGAUAUAGAGGAAAAGUAAGGACGAGAUUUUUCUUAAAUUUGGGAGGACAAUUUUCUUUUGUACUUGUCUGCCCCUUAUCUUUCUUUUGCUUUCUUGUCCGUCUCUAAUGAUUGUCCAAUUGCAUCGGGAGAGAUUUGGUGGGGAGCGACUCUUACAUGUUUAUACACUUUGCAAUCCUUGUUAUGUGUAGCAAGUAGGAUAAUGCACAUUACCAGAAAAUACUAUAAAUAUUGCAUGUCU